CAGCGCACACGUGUUUCCAACAUGUCUGCCUACCGUGUUGUUGUGCGUUGAGAUUCCAUGAGCUGUUUUAUUUCUUAAUCUACGCAGUAAAGUUAUCGACCUCAGGUGAAAACAGCGUUAAAGGUUCAGGAUGGCUCAGAGAAAGAAGAAAAUGACGAAGAAGAAGAGACACACAGCGGGCAGAGAGCCGGAGGCUGACUCUGACAGCGGGGACUUUGAACUGGCUGCUGAAAUUAAGGACGAUGAUUCUCCAGGAAGGAAACUGCCGCGGUUCCCUACAUCAUCAGACCACAUGUCAGAUGUGGAGCUUGACACCAGGCAGCUGGUCAGAGCCCAAAACAAGAAGAAAAAGAAGUCUGGAGGCUUUCAAUCAAUGGGUCUCAGUUACCCUGUAUACAAAGGAGUCAUGAAAAAAGGAUACAAAGUCCCAACUCCAAUCCAAAGAAAGACUAUCCCUGUGAUUUUGGAUGGCAAGGAUAUAGUAGCCAUGGCCAGGACUGGCAGUGGUAAGACAGCUGCUUUCCUGGUUCCUAUGUUUGAGAAGCUGAAAGCCCCUCAGCCCUGA